AAAAGAUUCAAUAAUAAAUGUCUUUGUUUUAUAUAUUUCAGUUGAACUAGUCCAUAUUUUCUUGCUUCACUUGCAAGUAGAGAGAAAACUAGAUUGAUCGGCAAAGUUGACAGGGAUUCUGGAAUUUGCUCGGAAAGAGUUGUGCCUUAAAUAUUGCAACAAAUCACUGUCUUUAAUUUCUUCUCUCAUGAAUGUUCAAGAUUUUAACAGUUAACAUGUCAACAAACUUCAAGCCGCCAUCAAUCUCUAUAUAAUAUAACAUACAAGUCUAACAAACACAAUUACUGCAUGCACAAUAUGGAGCAUAAGAACUGCAGUCUUUCCUUGGUGUUUUUAGCUGCCAUGCUUGGUAUUUAUUGCAUGAUUGACUUUGUGAAAGCAUCUAUAGUAACAAAAGAAAAACAUUUUACUCCGGAAUUUGCAUAUUUAAAACAUGGAUUCAGAAAAGGGACGAUGAGUAGAGUCAUCCAAGAUACAUCUAGCCGCAGGAGAAGAUCUAUCCAGGAGCUAGGUGAUACUGAACAGGGAGAUGUAUGUGGAGACAUUAUAGGGCCACAAUGGAAUAUGUCCAAGAAACUAAAAAGUCCAUGCCCAAGAUUAGUAGUAUGGGUGCCAAAGAAAGAUGGCUUCACUGAGUUUGUAAAAGUGAAUGAGAAAUUAAAAGUUGAAGGUGGAUUCUCCAUUGCCAUAUUCUGCCAUGCAUUAAACUUAUUACCAUAUACAGUUCAACCCAUCUUCAGACCUUUCGUCGAUGACAUGGGGAAAAGUAAUGGCACCUAUUAUCAACUUCUAGAGCACAUUGAAGGCAAGACUUGUGAAGCUGUCGCAGGUGAUGUAACCAUUCGGGGUAACAGAGCUCAAAUUGUUGACUUUACAAUUCCGUACUUGAAUUCUGAAGUCUAUGUGCUUGUGCAUGCUGCACACGAAUGGAACCAAACCCUAUGGACUUUCUUAAGACCUUUUACAUGGAGACUAUGGAUCACAAUAGUUGCUGUAUGUAUCUUCACUGGGGUUGCACUUGCAAUUUUAGAAUAUCGGGAGAAUAAUCCUAGUUUUUCAAGCCCAAUCUAUACCCAACUCAUAAUGAUUAUCUGGUUUCCUAUAUCGACAUUCUUCUUCCAUGAAGGAAAGAUAAAAAAUAAGUGCUCCAAAGUUGUGCUUGUCAUAUGGCUAAGUAUGAUUUUCAUAGUAAUACAAAUUUUCACGGCUACUUUGUCCUCAUGGUUAACACUAGAUCAACUACGUCCAAGAUUGCCUCCAACUUUUGAAAAUGCUGGAUACCAAGAUGGUUCCUUUUUAAAAGAUCUUAUAACCGAAAAAUACAAUUGUUCUGACAAGCAGCUUAUACCUCUCACAAGCGUUGAAGACUAUAAAAGUGCUUUGACCAAUGGCGGUGUAAGUGCUAUUGUUGAUGAGCUCCCCUACAUCGAACUCUUUCUUGCUAAGUAUGGCUCUGAAUACAUGAAGUUUGGACCAAUAAACCAGGAAUCUGGAAUUGCAUUUGCGUUUCCACGUGGAUCUCCUUUAUUGCAGGACUUUUCUAGGGGAGUCAUUAAUGUCACAGAAAGUGAAACUAUGAUGAAAAUGAAGGAAAAAUAUCUUGGGUUCUCUCCUACUGAUAAUUCACAGCCUAAUCAAGCCCCACCACAAAGUCUUGAUGUUCAGAGUUUCAUUGGAUUAUUCAUAUUCAUGGGGAUUGUUAUUAUAGCGGCUGUUGUCACAUCAGAAAUUUCCAUUAUGCGUAGAAACAAGAAAGUCCUUCCGGUAACAUCAUCAAGUGAUACAUAGAUCCAUUUAUAAAAUUACAGGUACGUGGUGGGGCCAACCAAUUAGAAGAUACAGUUAUCUAAGCUGCAACAUGCAUGUAUUUCAAGACGAAUUCUGGUUAAGUUCACUUUCAUUUGCAAAAGUAGUGUUUCUUUCGCAUCAAACAUGGUACGGAAGAUCCCUAAUUAUUGAAUAGCAUGUAUAUAUUUAAGUAAGUGUGUGCUUAAAUACAAUUGACAAUCAUAUUAGUCCUUGAAUGAUUGUAUGUAGUGAUGUGUAUUAAUUACAAAAGUUAAAUUGCAAUUUAGUUGUUCCUGAUUUUCCAAC